AUGCCCGACGCUGUGCGGCCAUUCAGCAGCACGCCCAUCUCCUUCAAGGGCAAAGAGGCCAGUGCGGGCGAGCACGCGUCCAUUGAUCCGUCCAUCAAACAACCCUACCCAGCUUCUGAGCUGGAGCAGCGUCAAAAGUCCGACUUGGGCCAUUCGACGGUGGGAAGGGUGGAGAGCAAGCCCAAACGCAGUCUGGCCUCUUUCAACAUGCAGGGUAAAGUGUGCGUAGUGACUGGAGCUGCGAGGGGAUUGGGAAAUUUGAUCGCUAGGACUUUCAUAGAGAGCGGUGCGGAUCGUUUGGCCAUCUUGGACUUGGACGCUAGGCAGAGCCAAGAUGCUGCUGAAGAUGUGCUGAAGUGGUUCGAAGAGAAUGGACAGGCGUUCAAGGGAGAGAUCGAAGUGCAAGGUUGGGGCGUCAAUGUGGCGGACGAGGAGAGCGUGGCGCGCACCAUGCAAGACAUUCGACGCAAAUGGGGAAGCAUAGAUGUGCUGGUCAACAGUGCCGGCAUAGUGGAAAACUAUCCGGCAGAAGAGUACCCCACGCCAAACAUCAAGAAGCUGUUCGAUAUCAACAUUACAGGAAGCUACUUUGUGGCUAGGGAAGCAGCCAAAAUCAUGCUUCAGGAUCAGAGACCAGGUUCCAUCGUGCUCAUCGCUUCCAUGUCUGGAUCCGUCGUCAAUGUUCCUCAAGCUCAGGCUCCCUACAACGCUUCCAAAGCCGCAGUCGUGCAGCUCGCAAAGUCCCUCGCCGUCGAGUGGGCUACGCGCGGUAUUCGAGUCAAUACGCUCAGCCCUGGAUACAUGGCUACGGCUCUGACCAAGCAAGUGCUCGAACAAAGCCCGAGCGGCAAAGAGCUGAAGGCCAAGUGGGAAGCAUACACUCCCAUGGGACGUAUGGGUGAUCCUCAAGAUCUCAAGGGCGCAAUCGUCUACCUCGCCAGCGACGCUAGCGCCUUUACAACGGGUCAAGACAUCAUCGUCGAUGGUGGCUACACUGCCAUCUGA